AUGGUUGAAGACGAAAGGAGAGUCUACAUGCUCCUAGAGCUGGAGAAGAUCAAAGAACUGGCCAUUCCGCAUGUGUAUGUAUUUCCUACCGAUGCUUUGGAAUUCACCUGUGCUGCAUUUAAGGGCUCCAUCUACGCAGUCUUUAGGCUGGUAAAGACCAACAUCCAUGAGGAGUGGAACGCCCUUCUAAAUAUAGGACACGGCAAGGAAAUGCAUCCAAUCCCCAGCUCACAGGAUGCACAUGUGGUGCUACAGGCUGUCUUGAAUGCACUUAACAGGGAAUCCAGCGCCGAGGUGUUUGGAAAGAGCCAGAAUGCUUUUCCAUUUGUUUUCAGAGACUUUUCCAACAGAAAAAGAAACAUUGGAGCGCUUUUAUCCUUUGUCAAAAAUAGAUGUUUCAAAGAAAACGGCAAUGGGUGA